CACCACCGGCUCGUCCACGAACGACCCAUCAGCAGUGAGGAAGGAGGAGGCAGGAGCAGAGCUGAGGUCAGCCAUGUUAGUUUUCUGCGCUGUCCGCGAACGAUGAGCCGCGGAGAGGAGACAUGGCGCUGUCACUGAGCGGAGACGACGAGGAGUAUGAUUCAGAGAGCGAGCAGCAGCGAGCGGCCAACCGGCCGAAGCAGCCGCAGCAGCAGCAGCAGCAGCCGCAGCCCAAGAUGGGGACGUCCUCGGCGGCGGUUAAGCUGCCGUCCAACCGCAGCUCGUCCGGUGCCCGACGCCGGAGGACGCGCUGCCGGAAGUGUGAAGCGUGCCUCCGGACCGAGUGUGGAGAGUGUCACUUCUGCAAGGACAUGAAGAAGUUCGGGGGGCCGGGGCGCAUGAAGCAGUCGUGCAUCAUGAGGCAGUGCAUCGCGCCGGUUCUGCCUCACACGGCGGUGUGCGUGGUGUGCAAAGAGGCCGGGAAAGAGGACACGCUGGAGGAAGAGGAGGACAAGUUCAACUUCAUGCUGAUGGAGUGCUCCAUCUGCAACGAGAUCGUCCACCCCAACUGCCUGAAGGUGAGCGACGCCUCGGGAGUCGUGAACGAUGAACUCCCCAACUGCUGGGAAUGUCCCAAGUGCAACCACGCUGGGAAGAGUGGGAAAGUAUUGAAGCAAAAAAGGGGUCCAGGGUUCAAGUAUGCCUCCAACCUCCCUGGCUCUCUGCUGAGGGAACAGAAGCCUGUGAAGGAGGAGGGGGACGUGGUCUCCUCUGCAGCCAAGAGGAGGCCGGACAGAGAGGAGACGCCCAGGUACAGGCCGGACGAGGCUCUGCAUCGACAGCCGCCGCUGCUCUCCCCGUGCAACCUGCCCCGGCCCAGGCCGGAGGACAAGCUGAGGAAGAAGAGGAAGCUGUUUGAUGACGAUGAGGACGAGGAUUUAGGUGUGAGGAAGAAGGAGAAGUCGGAUGAUCCUUAUUUUUCCAAACUCCUGCACCAGAUCAAGACAGAAGAGGACGACGAAGACGCCUACGAGGAGGAGAAUGAAGAAGGAAGGGAGCCUCACUUCCGGGGCGGUGUAGAGAGGAAAGGGCGUCUUGGAGACGCCGAAGAAGAAGGCGAUGACAAGGACUCCAGGAACGAGCUCCUGAAUCCUUUCAUCAAGACGCCCGUCGGAGACAGCGACCAAUCCCACUGCAGCUCCCCGCAGGCCGGACCCAGCAGCGAGGGCGGAAGCGAGACCCAGGAGAAAGGGCAGCGUCCGAAAGCUCGCCGCAAACGGCGUUUACCCAACAGGGAGCUGAGCCGAGAGCUGAGCAAAGCACUGAACCAGGAGAUCCAGAAGACGGAGGACUGCCUCGCCAACGAGAACCGUCAGCCCCUCAAGGUGGAGCCGGAGACGGAGAACGAGGAGCCCAAGAAGCUGUUCCGCAACGGCAGCGAGCUCGGAGAUCAGAGGCCCCACCUGAAGACCAAAGAGAUGAACGGGACGCCGUGGGAGCUGCGCCACUUCUACCCGAGUCCGAUCACUCCGCUCGGCUUCAACAGGAGCACCCCGACCAACCGGCCGGCGCCCCCGCACUCGCCGCCCAAAUGUGUCCAAAUGGAGCGGCACGUCAUCCGGCCCCCUCCGAUAAGCCCGCCUCCCGACAGACUGCCGCUAAAAGACGGCAAAACACACGUCAUACAGCGCGAGGUGUGGAUGAAGAUCUUCGGCUAUCUCACGCACCAGGAGCUGUGCGUGUGCAUGAGAGUCUGCAAAACGUGGAACAGAUGGUGUUGCGACAAGAGACUCUGGACAAAGAUCGACCUGAACCGCUGCACCUCCAUCACCCCGCUCAUGCUCAGCGGGAUUAUCCGCCGACAGCCGGUCUCCCUCGACCUCAGCUGGACCAACAUUUCCAAGAAACAAUUAAGCUGGCUCAUUAAUAGAUUACCAGGUCUGCGAGUGUUGAAGUUGUCCGGGUGUUCUUGGGCGGCUGUGUCGGCGCUCUGCACCUCCAGCUGCCCUCUGCUGCGCUCGCUGGACGUGCAGUGGGUGGAGGGGCUCAAAGACGCACAGAUGAGGGACCUCCUCUCUCCUCCCACGGACAACAGACCAGGUCAACUGGACAACCGCUGCAAGCUGCGGAACGUGGAGGACCUGCGGCUGGCGGGGCUCGACAUCACGGACACGUCUUUACGUCUCAUCAGUCGACAGAUGCCUCUGCUGUCCAACCUGGACCUGAGCUACUGCAACCACAUCAACGACCAGUCAGUCAACCUGCUGACGGCAGCCGGGACCACGACCAGGGACUCGCUCACAGAAAUCAACCUGUCAGUUUGUAACCGGGUCACAGACCAUUCCCUAAACUUCUUCAAGCGCUGCGGAAGCAUCUGUCAGAUCGACCUCCGCUUCUGCAAGCAGGUGACCAAGACGGCGUGCGAAAGGUUCAUCGCGGAGAUGUCCGUGAGCGUACCGUUCAGACUGAAAGAGGACAAACUGCUACAGAAGUCGAGCUAGUCGAUCGACGGACUCUCUUUGCACUUAAAGUUUUUUUUUUUUUUGUGUUUUUAAGCCGGUCCUGUGAGAAGUCUCAGUGAGACGGAUUUCUUCUUAGAGAUCUCAGACGGACUCUGACGCGAGGAGGCGAUGAGGAUGAUAAUGAUGAUGAUGAUGAUGAACGUUCACUGGACACGUAAAGAGGAAACAGCAUGCAUGUAUCUGUGUUUGAGAUUGUACUUUUUUAUAAAGACUUGCUUGUAAUUGGC